UAAUCCAGUGUCAUUUUCCCUAGUCAACAGUUCUUCCGUUCCAAUACUGGAUUCAAAAAGCGCUCCAUCGGCGUAAUAAAGCCGGGCAAAUUCUCCCCAUUCCCUCAAUCUCUUAAUCCCACUCUCUCUACGCCAAUCUGCUCCAAAAUUUACGAAGGGUAACGAAUAAUCGUUAAAACGACAAAUGGCUGAUUAGGUCGUACAUUCCCAAUCCAAAGUCCAGCAGCUUCUUAUAAAUACGGACUGUGUGUUUUUCGUUUCCCGAAUACAAGGUGGCGGAGCUACAUCUGCAGCAAAAAGCAAAUGGUGAACCUUUUGUGGCUUGGCAUUGUUAUAGGACUCGCUUUUGGCCACUGGGUCGAUGGCCAUGUAAAGUAUCAUUUCAAUGAAACAGAGCUGUCUUUGUUGGAGUUUCAUGAGGCAUCCUUCAAUGGGGGGAAACCUCUGCUUGUAGGACUGACCCUUAUUCAAAAUGCCGGCACUAAUGGAGCAGUCUGCUUGGAUGGGUCAUUACCUGGUUAUCAUUUGGAUAAAGGAUAUGGAUCAGGGGCAAACAGCUGGCUUGUUAAUUUAGAGGGCGGUGGGUGGUGUAAUGAUGUUAGAACAUGUGUUUACCGCAAGAAAACACGCAGGGGAUCAUCACAUUUCAUGGAAAAGGAGAUUCCUUUUACAGGAAUACUAAGCAAUGAUGCUGCUCAAAAUCCAGAUUUUUACAACUGGAACAGGGUGAAGAUUCGUUAUUGUGAUGGUGCCUCUUUUGCUGGGGAUGGUGAAGACAAGAACGCACAACUGCAAUUCAGAGGACAGCGUAUUUGGUUGGCUGCAAUGGAAGAAUUGAUGUCAAAGGGAAUGCGAUAUGCCAAGCAGGCUUUUCUUACUGGAUGCUCUGCCGGUGGUUUGGCCGCUAUAAUUCACUGUGAUGAAUUUGGAAGUCUAUUUCCAAUGACUACCAAAGUGAAGUGUCUUAGUGAUGCUGGGUUAUUUCUUGACACGGUUGAUGUAUCUGGUGGGCGUUCACUGAGGAAAAUGUACAGCAGAGUCGUAAGGUUGCAGGGAGUGAAGAAGAAUCAGCCUCAAACUUGUACUAAGCAUCUUGAUCCCACUUCGUGUUUUUUCCCUGAGAACUUGAUUGGAAGUGUUAGAACCCCCCUAUUUAUUCUCAAUGCAGCCUAUGAUUCAUGGCAGAUUCAGUCAAGCUUGGCUUCUCCAUCAGCAGAUCCCCAUGGCUAUUGGCACCAUUGUAGAUUGAACUAUGCUACCUGUACGGGACCGCAACUUCAUUUUCUGCAAGCAUUCAGGAAUCAAAUGCUAAACGCUGUUAGAGGCUUUGCAAGAUCGAAUCAGAAUGGUUUGUUUAUAAAUUCAUGUUUUUCACACUGCCAAAGUGAGAGGCCGGAUACAUGGUUUGCUGACAAUUCCCCUGCCAUCAGGAACAAGGCAAUUGCUUUGGCUGUGGGAGAUUGGUAUUUCGACAGAGCAGGUGUGAAGGACAUUGACUGUCCAUUUCCAUGCGAUAAGACUUGCCACCAUCUGGUUUUCAGAUGACCGGAACUUCAUCUGCCGUCUCUAGCUCAUUCAUCAUCCCAUAACAGACAAUAAAAGACAAGGUAGCUGAUCAGGUCAAAUUCUCUUCCAAGAUUUACCAGUAAUCCAACGGUGAAAUCCAUUUUUACAGUUUACAUCAAUUAGCUGUGUAUGUGGAGCCAGUUGCUCUCUCUCUCUCUCUCUCACACACACACACACAUUUUUUGCCCGAGCAGAGGCGUACGGUCAUUGUUAGCCAAAAACACUGGCUUUGAUUUAAUGGAAUCUAUCUCACAGUUUUACUGUUUGCGAGGAAUCAA